AUGAGGGGGGGGACACAGGAGGUGGGGCAAAUGGCAGCAAGGGUUGGGAGGGGGGUAGAGGCGACCUAUAGGGUGGACCAGGGGUACCAGGAAGUGUGGGGUGGAGUUAGUGCUGAAGCCAAGAAGAACACCAUGGCCGAUGGCUGGGAGAUACUUGGGAUGUCGUUUCGCUGCAGGGCCAUGGAGUUUGAAAGCAACGACGCAGCCGAAACGAGCUCUUGGGUUGCACUUGGGGUCAAUCUGGAGGAAUGUGUGGUAUGGAGUUCGGAGUGUCUCAUCCUGAGCAAGCUUAGUGUUGCGGAUGUAGUCCGCGAAGGACUUAGCAUAGCCCCAAAGGUCAUUGUCGGCGAUGAUCGUACUAACGACCCAUCGAGAAGGGACGCGAGUGAGGAGAUCGUCGACAUUGUGAUGCAUAGAAGCUUGGUGUGGGAGAAGAGCGUUAAGACCGAAGCGUGA